UCGCGUCAGACGCGCCGUCCGGCACAGCCGCUCUACAUCCUGGGCCCGAUUUGAGCGCCCGAAGACCUCACAGAGCCGCAACCGCGCAACCGCCGCCAGCCAACGACCGCCCGCCACGCACGCGCCUGCCCUGUUUUGUUUUGGUUUUGACAGCGAGAACUCAAAAGCGUUGUGAGCAAAGAAAGUGACAUGGCACACUGAUUUUCAACAUAGCUUUCCUCAGCAUUUCACUAUUUAUCAUCUGCUAGGCAUAGAGAGUCAUACUGCCAACUCUUUGGCAUGGUUGUUCUGAAUUAAGAAGAGGUCGUUCUUGGGUGUCCAUUGUUGUAUCUUGGCAUUCUCAGCAUCAUCAGUCACUUUUUCAGUUGAAGAGGUCCAGUCUGAAAUCUAGCCAUGAGGCCUGCAGCAGGAUAACAGCCCAAAGGACGGACGCAAGUACAGAUUAGUGAGGUUCAGAUUGACAGGCAAAUUUGGCUUCUGCAGUGGAUACAGCAUGCACAACUAGGGCCCCUGGCAGCAGUGUGAGUGGAAGGGCACAAACCUGGUGGGAAAUUUCAGUGAGGUGGGAAAUUGGAAGGCAGGCGUUGCUGGGGGGGAAGCUCAGAAGCAGAGAGAGGCAAGCUCCUGUUCCACAUUAAAGACAUCUCAAGAGCGCCAGUAAGGCCUCAGGAUGAAACAUAGAGGGGCCUGGCAAGCCCAAGGCCCCAGGAACCAUUUGUGGUGCCAGUAGUUUACAAAACAAAAAAAGAAGUCAAAACACAGACCCAGUAACAAGAAUUAGGGCACAUAGGUAGGAAUUGGGAAACAAGUAAGUGUGCCCUCAUAGAGUUAGAAAAUAUACCAGAAGUCAUCUACCAAUGGUACAAGUUGUUGGCAAGCCUGAUCCAGUAUUGCCCUCAGGAGGCUUUAUCAUCUCCUGAUUUCAGUUAAUCUUAGCCCAAGGAACAGAGAGUGCAUGGAGAAACGGGCCUCAAGUGGCCUCAUGAUGGUACAGCAAGAGUAGGAUGUCAAGUCUGUUUGACAACAAAACUCAUGUUUUCCUCACUGCACCCAUCAUGCUACUUCUCCAAGAAAGGGUCACACACACGCAUGCACUCACGCACACACGCACACACACUACCUCUGAGGAUAGAAUGGAUCUGUUCACAAAGUCCUUGAAAGUAGAAACUGUGCUGGCUCUUGUGCUGAAACACCACGAUGGUGCUGCCUACAAACUGGUGUGUUAUUUCUCGAACUGGGCACAUAGUCUACCAGCCCCUGCCUCUGUUUUGCCCUGUGACUUGGAACCCUUUCUCUGCACCCACCUGAUAUUUGCCUUUGCCUCAAUGAGCAACAAUCAGAUUGUUGCCAAGGAUCUUCAGGAUGAGAAAAUUCUCCACUCAGAGUUCAACAGACUCAAGGAGAGAUGUGUUCGUGUUGGAUGUGAGCUUGAAUUUUCAGAUUUUACUGAUGUAAGAGAAUUAAACCCACUUCUCCUGUUAUUUUAAAAUAUUCCUCUGAUCUCUCCUGUCCUAGCCUCCUCUCACAUGCAGCUCCAGAGCAUCCCUAAUGUAAGAACUCCCUGUUGACAAAGUGCUUGAGCUCCUUCUUGCCUCCUUGCCUUGGUAGUUG